AUGUCCAUCACCAUAAGGUUCAAAUCAAGCCGUCAGCGAGCUAAAUCCAUCGAGCUCACACUCCGAAUUCCUAAGGUAUGGGAGGAGCAGGGAGAGGAGGCCCCACUAAUAUUGAAGGUUGGCAGACUGCUCUCAAAAGCCUCGGAGGAUAAAGAGCAGGGACUGCGAUCCUCUACAAUCAGACAACGUCUUGAUGCUCGCUCGAAGAAGGCGAACGAGUAUGAUGAUCCUAGAGAUAGCUCGAAGAAAACGAGGAAGAAGUAA